GCAGUGGGGGCUCACCUGCCUGCCGACAUGGAGACCAAGAUCCCGCCUGCCGUGACCCCCACCAGCCCCUCCUCCCCGGGGCUGUCCCCUGUGCCGCCCCCGGACAAAGUGGACGGCUUCUCCCGACGGUCACUCCGCCGUUCCCGCCAGAGGCGCUCCCACAGCUCCUCUCAGUUCCGGUACCAGAGCAACCAGCAGGAGCUCACGCCUCUCCCUCUGCUGAAAGAUGCUCCUGUCUCAGAGCUGCACGACCUCCUGUGCAAGAAGCUGCAGCAGUGCUCCGUCCUCUUCGACUUCCUUGACUGUGUCGCUGACCUGAAGGGGAAAGAGAUCAAGCGAGCAGCCCUCAACGAGCUGGUGGAGUGCGUGGCCACCAACCGUGGCAUCCUCAUUGAGCCGCUCUACCCUGAGAUCAUCAAGAUGAUAUCCGUCAACAUUUUCCGGACGCUUCCACCCAGCGAGAACCCUGAGUUUGACCCCGAAGAGGAUGAGCCCAACCUAGAACCCUCGUGGCCACAUCUCCAGCUUGUGUAUGAAUUUUUCCUCCGGUUUCUCGAGAGCCCAGACUUCCAACCUUCGGUCGCCAAGCGUUACAUAGACCAGAAAUUUGUAUUGCUGCUACUGGAGCUUUUCGACAGCGAGGACCCUCGGGAGCGCGAAUACCUCAAGACCAUCCUCCACCGCGUCUAUGGCAAGUUCCUGGGCCUGCGUGCCUACAUCCGAAAGCAGUGCAACAACAUUUUCUUGCGAUUUAUCUACGAGAUGGAGCAUUUCAACGGCGUGGCGGAGCUGCUUGAGAUCCUGGGAAGUAUAAUCAACGGGUUUGCUUUGCCCCUGAAGACGGAGCACAAGCAGUUCCUGGUCCGGGUCCUCAUCCCGCUGCACUCUGUGAAGUCCCUCUCAAUCUUCCACGCCCAGCUGGCUUACUGCGUGGUCCAGUUCCUGGAGAAAGACGCGACGCUGACCGAGCACGUGAUACGUGGCCUUCUGAAGUACUGGCCGAAGACCUGCACCCAGAAGGAGGUGAUGUUCCUGGGAGAAAUCGAGGAGAUUCUGGAUGUCAUUGAGCCCUCUCAGUUUGUGAAGAUUCAGGAGCCCCUCUUCAAGCAAGUGGCUCGGUGUAUUGCCAGCCCCCACUUCCAGGUUGCAGAGCGGGCUCUGUAUUUCUGGAACAACGAGUACAUCCUGAGCCUGGUUGAGGACAACUGCCACACGGUGCUGCCCACCAUUUUCGGCACCCUCUACCGCGUCUCCAAGGAGCACUGGAACCCGACCAUUGUUUCUCUGGUCUACAAUGUCCUCAAGACCUUUAUGGAGAUGAACGGGAAGCUAUUCGAUGAACUUACGGCCUCCUACAAGGUGGAAAAACAGCAGGAACUGAAGAAGGCGAAGGAACGCCAGGAGCUCUGGAGGCAGCUCGACGAGCUGCAGUUGCGGAAGCUGCAAGGACUGGAAGAGGCCAAGAUGAACCGCCUAAACCUGCAGCACUCCCUGGCUGUGCAGAGCGGAGGGGCCAGCUAGGAGCCCCCCUCCCUCCCCUGGAGCCCCCCACCCCCUGCCCUCCCCACCCAC